CUUAACGUCGCUGCGAACGCACCAUGACAGGUUCUUUAUUUCCGCUAGCAGUUGACGGCAUCAACACAGAAUGACUUGCAAAAGGCGUAACGGAGGACGCUCCAAACACGGACGUGGCCAUGUCAAGCCCGUCCGUUGCACCAACUGUGCCCGUUGUGUCCCAAAAGACAAAGCAAUCAAGAAAUUUGUUAUCCGUAACAUUGUUGAGGCUGCUGCUGUUAGAGACAUAACUGAAGCUUCAGUCUACUCUCCAUACGUACUUCCUAAAUUGUACGCCAAGUUGCACUACUGUGUGUCUUGCGCCAUCCACAGCAAAGUAGUACGUAACAGGAGCAAGGAAGACAGGAAGAAGAGGACUCCACCACAACGUAACUUCCCAAGGGACAAUGCCCGUGCUGGACAACAACAAAGGAAGUGAAUAAACAUGUAAAAGUGUUUCCUUAUGUAUUUGAUUUAUAAUUAAAUAAAAAGAAAAGAAAAAAGCCACAAAA